CACUAAGACACGACUAUCUCAAUACUGGUCGACUGCAAUAUAGGACCAUGAUUUCUAGGCUUGCAACGGUGCUAUUAGCACUGGCAUAUGUCAAUGCAAAUGCUGUUCACCCCAAAGAUGUUACGAUCGACACUAUAUUGGAAAACCAUAGUCUCAUGACGAAACUAAAUCUCAAAAAUGACGGACCAGAAUUUGUUGCUCCUGAUGAACCAGUUGAACAAGCAGUUUACGAUCAAUACAUCUUAUUUGCUGAUGCUGGGAUUGACAGGGUCGUACAGAUGGACGUGGAGUCCCCACGUAACUUUAGGUUUCUUCCAAUCCAAGGGGGUCUAGCUACACCCGUUGCAUUGGAUUACGAUCCGCUAGAGGAUCGUAUUUAUUGGACAGAUGUCUCGUACAGACAGAUCAGAAGAGCUUUCAAAAAUGGAACAGACACUCAGAUUCUAAGAAGGCUCCCGAGAGGUACUCCAGACGGUCUCGCUGUAGAUGUUCUGUCUCGGCUUCUGUAUUUCACCGACACUGGUACCGAUACUGUCAACGUCAUGCGUCUUAAUGGUAGCCAGUUCAGGACCCUUGUCAGGACUGAUUUGGAACAACCAAGAGCCAUUGUCGUAGAUCCAAUUAGAGGAAUGAUGUACUGGUCUGAUUGGGGCGGUGAUGCAAAGAUCGAGAAGGCGAAAAUGGACGGUGAAGAAAGAACAACCAUUGCAACAAACACGAUGACAUGGCCAAACGGAAUUGCUGUGGAUUUUCAAGAGGAAUAUCUAUUUUGGUGUGAUGCCUCACUCGACCGCUUUGAGAGGAUCAGAUUUGAUGGAAGUGAAAGAGAACUUCUUGCUCAGCUCACCAGGUCACAUUGCUUCGAUAUGACUAUAGAUAAUGAUUACAUUUAUUACACCGAUUGGUUUUACAGAGGACCAUACCGAGCAAGAAAAUCCGAUGGUAUAAGAUCUUCAUUUGGACCACAGCGUUUCGGAAGACUUAUGGGAAUACAUUUAUACAACGAAGAUUUCGUGCUCAACGUUACAAGAGAGAAUGGCUGCUCAAACGAAUUCAAUGGAGGAUGCAACUACCUGUGUCUGCCAACUCCUGAAGGAAGAACAUGCGCUUGUCCCGAUGGCGUGGCUUGCACUCCAGAGAGAGAAUGUCCGGCCCCAGAAAACUUGGAAAACGGUGGAUUCCGACAAUCGGAUGGUGUACGACAAGGCAGUAUUUUGACCUAUUACUGCAACCCUCCAUACGCUCUUGUUGGAAACUCCGAACUGACUUGUGGCCAAGAUGGACAAUGGGCCGGAGAAAUGCCAGAGUGCCAGCUUUCCACUGUGACACCUACCCCAGAAAUUGGAAACUUCAGCGAAACAUGCACCUGUAAAUUCAAACUAGAGAUUAACGGUACUUCUCUGCCUGGGUCUGAGGUAUGGCAUCACCGAGAAUACGUCUACGAAACAACAACCGUGGAGUGCGACGGAUGUCGCCGUCUUCUAGACGAUUGUCCCCGACGUUGCGAUGAGGAUGCGAGAACAUUCUGGGGCGAAGAGGGCAUGUACAAACUUGUCCCAGUGAACGCGACUGCUGGACCAAGAGAGCGUUUCUUAGGACAGUUGAUGUGCGAGCGUUAUCUCGGUCCCAUUGCUCCCCCUGGCAGCAGAGUCGCGAUCUUCUACGACCCUGGCAGUUGCGGUCAGUCGAUGUCUACCUAUGCCAGUCGUCGCUCUCUUUGCUGUGUUGAGGUUGAUAUUCCUGAGGUUGGAUUUGUCAUUGUAUGGGAUCACGAAUGUGAUGGAGGAAUCGGACCUGAUUAUUUGGCUAUGAUUGCCGAUGUUGAUAUAACAGUGGCACAAGCUGCUCUUGAUAAAUACAAUGAAACACACUAAACUGACUAAGAUUCAAUGGACAAAGUGAUGAAUGAUAUAUGACUUCAAGAACAAAACAAUAUAACAGUAAAUGUUCCUCUAAAAUGUAUAUAAAAAUGUAUACGUAACAUGUCUAAGAAAUUAAAGUUGGGUAUUUCUGUUUGACAUUUUUAUCAAUUAUCAUUAGCUGUUUCUUCUCCAUCAUUAUAAGACACCCUUGACCAUAGAUUGGAACCACGCCCCGCUGUAAACAAUCAUAUUGCGAGCAAGGCCCCGAUGAUGCCUGGAGGUUGAAUUGCCUUGAAAGUGAAUUUUGGAUUAUCU